GCCUGGAAGGUUGAUGUUUGCCUGCUGUAGCGGCAUUCGAUUCAAACGUUCAGCUCACUUCUUAAUCUGGAGGCUGAACUCCUCUGACGCUUGUGACAUCAGUGACGGUUAUCGAGUGACAAUAUUGACAAUGAAUAAUUGUAAUGGUAACUAGCAAGAUUCCUCUCUUUUUGAGAACAAUUGUCUAUGAAACAUUAUAUCGGGUGAAGAAAUGUGAUAAGUGCCCUCUCUCGACAAUGCAGCCCAAUAUUUGACAGAUGGCAGUGAGGUGAGAAGGCCAGACCAGUCAGUGGACGAAACAUGUGUUCGAACUUGACACACAAUCCGAUGAUGGGUUUACAGUAACUUCAAUCAGCGAUGCGUUGUUUAGUGAUCGACUAGAUUGAAAAACAGUUACCAAGAGAAAAAAAUCGCUAGAAAGUAAACAAUAAUGACUCCUGACAAAGUGACAAACAAUUCUUGUUGCCCGUCCUUCAUCUUCUUCUUCCCGUAAACCUCUGAGAUUCGUAGACCUUCCUUGAUCCUUCCUAAAUCCAACAUGGCGACCCGUUGGGAGGGCGAAAACCUACUGGUGAAAUUAAGUGGGAUCCUACGCUUCUGCUGUGAGUCUAUGGUGGUUCCGCCCUCAAGCACCGCUCCCUCCUACAACUCCGUGUUACCCCAAGGAUACCACAGGGGCGAAGCUGUGGACGAGCCCCAAGUGAUCACGGAUCCCGACCCGUGGGGACAGCGACUCGCCAAUCACAGGCUGGACGGCGCACGCUACACCAUCCUCCCCACGAUCUCGGUAGUCCCACCCUGGGACGACGACACCACCCGAAACGAAACCAGCAACCUCGUCGAUGAUGACCUGACCUUCGGCGAGAGCGUCCGGCAGAUCCACUACAUCAACCCGACGCCCGUCUUGGGUCACCACAGCGACCUGCCGUCCGCGGGCGACCGCGGCGGGAACGCGAUCGUGAACGCCACCCAGAGGUUCUACGAUGCCCUUCGGGCUGUCCUUUACGGGGGAGGAGGAGGAGGAGGAGGAGGCGGAGGAGGGUCCCCACCCGAAGUUCCGAGUUUUAGAGACGAUUCGGGAAGGGGGAUUAGCGUCGAUGUAGCUGGAUUAGCCCCGCACGUCCUGGAGAGCGUCGACCCCCAAGUCUCGUUGACCAGAGAGACGGACGAUUUAGUGAUGUCUCCCAUAUUACAGGUGUGCGCCGCCCUUGGCAUCCUGGUGGUGCUGAUGGUGAUCCUCUUCCACUCACACCAUUUCCGGAGGGACUGCGUGACAGAGAGGCGUGCUCUUCGUCGCGUCGCCCGCCGCUACCACGUCGCUAGGGCCCAGGACGACGUCGAGAGGAACGACGAAGUGACGGACGUGACCUUGUGAUAUUUGGAAGCAAUUUAUGUCACCGUUACUGAGGUUGAAGACACAAAAUACGAUGCUUUUUAUGAGCAUCAUAGAAAUGGUUGAUAAGACUGUGACUGCGUUUAAAAAAAAGAAACAAAAUACUUUUAUAACAGUGUUGCCAACCGUGGGGUAAUUACCCUAUGCAUAGGGUAAUUCAGCCUCAAAUCUGGGUCUGUAGGGUAACGGGGUAAUGUCACGAAAUCUGAGCAAAAGUAGUAGGGUAAUUUCAAGAUGCUUGUCUUGUAUUUUUAUUUAAAAGUAACCAAUGAACAACAUAUUAAUUGAUAUUUAUAUCUUAAGGCCGGGCAUAGCGUAAAAUAACAGUGAAAGUAGGAUAAUUUCUGUGCCUUAGGGAGGGUGAAGAGCGCUUAGAUGGUUGGCAACACUGUUUUAUAAGAAAAUAUUUCAUUUUGUUUUCUCGAUUUGUGUUUUUGUACGAUGAGUUGUAUUUUCUGUUGUUUUGAACCUGCUUUGCUAGACCAUAUAUCUGUUUUAUGUGAUAUUAAAAUCACAAUGACGCAGAUUUUAUGUGAUUGAAAAAUCACAUAAAACGAAUUUUAGUAUCAGUAAUGUGCGAUUUUUAUUUCUGUGUUUUAUUUGGUAUCAAAAUUACAUAAAACUCAGAUUUUUAUAUAACUGUUUUAAUUUUUUUUAUUAAACAUGACAAUUAUGUGCGAUUUUUAUUUCUGUUUUAUUUGGUAUCAAAAUCACAUAGAACACAGAUUUUGAUAGAACUAAUUAAACAUGAAAAUU